CGGUUUGCAUGUGAAGUUGAUUUUGUUCAGCUGAGAAGUGCGACUGGAGAUCGCUGUUCCGUUACCAUGUUACCACAUGGGCUCUUCCGGACCGAUCGACGGUCAUUGCUGCUGGUACUAGUAGUCGUAUAGUAUGCCGGGCAGGCUGACCGCUCCGUCCAGCUACCACCGGCACGUCGUCUGCCUUCUGGAGCGAUGCGCGCACAUCGGCCAGGUCAAGCAGCUCCAAGCCCACGUCAUCACCUCCGGCGGUGGGCAGAGCCAGUUCCUGUCCUUCAAGCUCCUCCGCUUCUGCUCCCUCGUCCUCUCCGACCUCCCCCACGCCAGCCUCAUCUUCCGCUCCCUGCCCGCCCCCAACGUCUUCCUCUACUCCGCCAUGCUCUCCUCCCUCCUCUCCCCUCCGGCCGCCGCCGGGGCCGCGGCCGCUCUCGAACUCUUCAACCGACUGCGCCGCCUCGGCCGACCCCGCCCCAACGAGUUCGUUUACCCCCUCGUCCUACGCGCCUGCGCCGAUCGCCCCGAUCCCAGCAUGCUCAGAUCCAUCCAUUCCCACCUUCUCAAGACCGGCUUCGAUGCCUACGGCGUUGUGCAGACGUCCCUUCUCGAUUGCUACGCGAGACGCGCCGACUUAGCGACCGCGCGUCUCCUGUUCGACAGACUGCCUGAGCGAAACGUGGUCUCUUGGACCGCUCUUAUCACCGGGUUCGUGCGAGUCGGUUUGGUAGGGAAUGCCCUCCUUCUGUUCGAGGAAAUGCCUGCAGAGAGGGAUGUGCCGUCGUGGAAUGCGGUAAUAACAGGCUGCACGCAAAACGGGCUUUUCUCUGAAGCGGUCGAGCUGUUCUGCAGGAUGGUCGUCGAAGGGGUCAAGCCGAACCACACGACAGUCUCUUGUAUCCUCUCGGCUUGCGGUCACCUCGGAAUGCUCCGUGUGGGUAAAUUGGUUCAUUCGUACGUCUGCAGAAGCCAGCUCGGCCUCACUCCCUUCGUUUCAAAUUCUCUUUUGGAUAUGUAUGGCAGAUGUGGGAACUUAAAAGAAGCCCAGUGGAUAUUCGAUGUUUCGUCAGAUAGAAGCCUGAUUGCGUGGAAUUCUCUAAUCAAUUGUUUCGCACUCCACGGGCAUUGCGAGAGGGCGAUAGCAGCAUUCGAUAACAUGAAGUUGGAAAGAAUUGAACCAGAUGAAAUAACCUUUGUAGGUCUCCUGAAUGCAUGCACGCAUGGUGGACUUGUUCAGCGGGGGCUUCAAUAUUUUGAUUCUAUGAAUGCUGACUACAAAAUUGAGCCAAAAAUCGAGCAUUAUGGAUGCAUAGUGGACCUUCUUGGUCGGGCAGGGAGGUUCGAAGAUGCAAUGAAUAUUGUCAAGGAUAUGAAAGUAGAACCUGAUGAAGUCGUAUGGGGAUCAUUGCUUCAUAGUUGUAGGCUUCAUGGUAACAUGAUGUUGGCAGAAUUCGCCAUUACAAGGCUGUUGGAAACGGACCCGACGAAUACAGAUUACGGACAAAUGUUGGCGAACUUGUACAGCCAACGUGGCAUGUGGGAAGAGGUGAGAAAGGUGAGGAAGGUAAUGAAGGAAGUGGGAGGGAAGAAGUUGCCAGGGUGCAGUUGGAUCGAGGUUAACAGAAAAACUCAUCAGUUUUAUUCUGGGGAUAAGUCCUGUAGAGGAGCCGAGGAGAUUUAUAAAGUUCUUGAAGAUUUAGUUGAACUAAUGGAAGGUUGACAAGUAUAAAGCUAAUGGCAAACCUCAUUCCUGGAUUAGCGAUAGAUGGCAACCCCUAGGAUUUCAGUCGACAGUUCAGAUUAAUCGAGUAUUAAACCCCGGUUCCUGCACAUGGUGUUGGGAAAAUGACAUAAAUCUCAAAUUAGAGAAUCCACAAUGAUUAGGAUUAAUCAGGAUGAACCUGAGAUAUCAUGGUUGGAAUUGAUUGAUAUAAGCAUGAUUUGUGAAACAAGUCAAGUUUAAGUUGCUUUCUUAACGCCCAGAGCACAAAAUUUUGGAGUAUAUUCAAGUACUUGAUCUCAAGUGGUUGCAUUGUAAGAUAACAUGUGAGAUAUGCUUCAAACGGUUGCAUUGAAAUAUAUUUGUGGGGUUAGUUCCAAGUUUGAAAGAAUUCUGCUGAGAAUUACUGAAUACUGCAGCUAUAGAGAACUACAGUACCAAGAUUGGUGGUGCAAGCUGUAUAACCGUUGUCUUUCUUGCAAGAUUAAGAAUUGGCAUAUAAUUUGUAUCUUGAUUUGACAACAUUACUAAUACAUCAUAUGUUUGGGUAA